UCAUAAAAAAUGUUUAAAGAUAGUUUUAAAUAUUACAAGGCACGUCAACCCGCUCCUGAUCUAAAAGACGUGAUUGAUGUACAUAAUUCUGACAAUAAAAACGUUAGAAAAAUCACAGUAUUUGCAGCUGAUUGUCAAAAUGAUUUAUCGUUGUAUUUGGGAUUAAAACCUGUUGAAGGAUGGAGUGCGUUUGACUUCAUAAACAUACCAGGACUUUUAUUCAUAAAAAAUCCUUUUACGCCAAGUGGACAAAGAAAUUGGAUUGUAAAAUGUUUAAAAAAUUACACGAAAAAACCGAAUAUUUUAAACAUCGAUGCACAUGGAUUUUUGAACGACGACAAGACUUGGUGGGACGAGAGUUUUGGAGCAGCAUCAAAAACAGACUUGUUAGCAAAAUUACGAUGGGCUACCCUUGGUUACCACCAUAAUUGGGACACAAAACAUUAUGCGGAAAAUUUUAAAACAGAAAUACCUCAAGAUCUGAAAGAUUUGACCAGUGUGUUUGCAACUGCCCUAGGCUUCAACAAAUUCAAUGCAGAAGCUGCAAUAAUAAAUUAUUACAGAAUGAAUUCAACUCUAGCUGGUCACACGGACCAUUCUGAGAUUUAUCUCGAAGCACCGUUGUUUUCCGUAAGCUUCGGUCAAACAGCCGUUUUUCUCAUAGGAGGCUUAAAAUUAGAAGACCCAGCUCAUGCCCUCUUAUUGAGAAGUGGCGAUGUCGUUGUCAUGUCGGGAAAUUCUAGAUUAAGAUAUCAUGGCGUUCCAAGAAUUCUAUACGGCGAUUCUGCUCCGUGGGAGUCGAAUGAUCAAUCCCUUGGAGAAUGCAACGAUUGGAAACGCGCAAAAAGUUACAUUUCCGAAGCUAGAAUCAACUUAAAUAUAAGGCAGGUUCUGAAACCUGGCCAAUCGGCUUUGUGA